UUGAGUUUGGGUAGACUCGCCUCUUCUUGCCCUUCUCUUUGUUUGUUUUCCUUUUUAAUUUGAUGUAUUGAUCAAUUCUUUAAAUAUGUUGCCACUUAAAGAGAGAAAGAAAGAAAGAGAGUAUGGCUUGUUGUUCAGCUGUUUAAAUCACGACAGGCUCGUGAAACGUGAUUAGUAAAGAUCUUCGGGACAGGCCGAGGCUCAAGCAGUUGAAGCCGUGUGGGAAUUUCAAAAAGGGCCUUUUAUUUUGAUCACAUCUAAUAUAUUUCUACAUUUUCUUUUGUCCCGAGCGUCAUUUUCUCCCCAAAUUGACGCUUUUUAUUACCUGAAAAUCAAAACUAUAAAAUGCCAAAAAGAAUUUUAAAAAAUAAAAACUCAUUCUGUUAAGAUUUUUUUUCCCCCAAAUUUCGCCUCUGGUUUCUCUGCGGUCUCUCCUCUUUCCACUUUUUGCUUUCAGCAACAACAAGAAAAUAAUUACACUAAUAAUGUCAUAAUAAACCCUAAAACGCUCCGCUCAACUCUUCCAUAUACUUCACUGCUGCUCUGGCCUCCAUUUUUUUGCCUCGAAAUUCAAUUUUUUUCCCAUUUUUUCCCUCUUUAUUUCGCUGUAAAUAUCUCUCAAAGCCAUCCUCAAAAUAUCUCCCAAGCCCUUAGCGCUCUGCAUUUCAGCUUCAAUCCAGAAUCUUCAUCGAAUAAUCCUUCAUUACCGCCACAGUAACUCUUCCGAACUUAAUUAACACAGUAAUUUAUUUUCCUAAAGUUAAUUUAAAUCUUCAGCUUGGAUCUCUAAAUUCGUCGACACAAAAAGUUUAAAUUUCUUUAUUUUCGCGUGCUUUCAAGAGUCGGCAGGUUUGAUUGUAAGGUUGCAUGCCAUUGAUCCAGUUGCCAACAUUUUGAUGUUGGUGAAUUAUGUGGCCUUAGCUGGGGAGUGUCUGAGCUGAGCAAAGAGAUGCAAGCAGUUGGCUUUCAGUUGGAAUGAAGAACUUACAGAGCACACAAGAUAUAACACCCUCAACUCAAGUUUCACACGAACCAAAAACGGAACAGCAGAACAAUCAAACAACGGAUGCCCCCUUAGCAGACUCUGGCUCUGUGUCUGCUUCAAGCAAUGAUGGCCGAAAAGUUUCACGCCAAGAUAUUGAACUUGUCCAGAAUUUAAUUGAACGAUGUUUACAACUAUACAUGAAUAGAGAUGAGGUUGUCAAAACUCUCCUGACUCGAGCAAGGAUAGACCCUGGAUUCACAACUUUAGUAUGGCAGAAGCUGGAAGAGGAGAAUGCUGAUUUUUUCCGGGCCUAUUACAUAAGGCUGAAGUUAAAGAAGCAAAUCCUUUUAUUUAACCAUUUGCUUGAGCAUCAAUAUCAUCUGAUGAAAUACCCUGUGCCUCCAAAGGUUCCUUUGGCUCCAAUACAAAAUGGGAUCCAUCCCAUGCCCGGUAAUUAACAACUUACCAAUGGAUACCCUGUGCUGCAACAGCCUCCAAUUCCAGCUACAGGGCAACCUCAUCUUGACUCCAUGGGUAUAUCAAACUGUCAUGUGGUCAAUGGAGUCCCUGCACCCAGCAAUUUUCAACCUAUGCGAAUGAAUUCGGGAACGGACAUGGUGAUGGAAAACAAUGCCACUAAUGUAACACCUGCAGUUCCUCCAACCACUACCAUGACUGUGUCAGAGAUGCCUGUGAGUCCUACAUCAGUGGCGUCCAGCGAAUUUCCCUUCACUGCAUCAGACAUGUCAGGGAUGGGAGUAGACACUUCAGCACUUGAUUCAGCCUUCACAACCGAUGUCGCAAGUUCAGUAGGAUUGCAGCUGGGACCUGAUAAUGGAGCUGGGAAUUCUAGAGAUUCCCUUAGAUCACUUGAUCAGAUUCAGUGGAAUUUUAGCCUCACAGAUCUGACAGCAGACUUGUCAAACUUGGAGGUAAGUUGUGGCUAUGAGAACCACUCUAAGAUAUUCAGUUAA